AUGAAGCUAUCAGCCAAACCCAUUUCGAGUCCGGGUCGCACAGACAAGUUCCCUCCCCCACUCAUGAGGUUUCUCAGAAGCAAUGCUGCCAGCAGAAGCACCAGAAGGUCCAAAUCAAGCCCAAUGUUCGUAAGGAAAAAAAACACCACCGCCAUCGAAACCCAAACCCAGGAACCCUCUUCCCCCAAGGUCACGUGCAUGGGCCAGGUCCGAGUCAAACAAGCCGCCACCACCACACGUGACUUAGCUCCCCCGCGCUGCCGCUGCCGCUGCUACUGCUGUUGGAUCCGAAGCCCCAACAACCACCCCUGCCGCUGCAAACCCCUCUGGCCCAACUGGCCCAGCUUCUUCCGCCGAAAGCCCACCACGCUCAAACAUCACUCCGAGCCCGAGCGCAAUUUUCACGACCAAGAAUCAGAAUUACCGUUCCAUGAGAGAGUGAAUGUCGAUAAGGAUAGUGAUUUUGCUUCCAAUUCAAGCACGCCCCCGAGAAACGCUUUGCUUUUAACUCGCUGUAGAUCCGCGCCGUACAGAUCUUCCUCUUUGGCUAGUAGGUUCUGGAGUUCUCCCGUUAAGGACCAAGAAACGGAGUUUCCAAUUCCGAACACGACGGAACAACAACACACUUCCGAGGAACCCCAAACGGAACCCGAAUUAGGUUUUCUCAGAGAAAAAAUUGCUUCACUCACCGAACCGGAAAAGGUUGAGGAAGUUGAAACAGAAACAGAGUCUGCAUCAUCACGUCCUACUGUACUCACUAGGUGCAAAUCGGAACCGGCGAGAACCGGACACAGACUUCUUGACCCUCUGGUAAAUAAUACUAGGAAUUUGUUGAAUAAAAGAAGGUUGGAAUUUGAUUAA